UUUAUGUGGUAUUUACUUGUGCGCACGUUGUUGUCAUUGCAUGACAAAAUAAUAUAAAGAAAAUAUGCGCAAUUUGAAACUGCAAUAUUGCAAGGAACAGAAUACAGGCGUUAAAAAUGCCAGACAACUGUUGCUCCAACCGGAUCACGAACGUAGUGGCCAAGAAAUCACAUUCAUUGUGACCGACAGCAAAAUCUACGCCGUAGACAUUGAAGCCGGCGAUGGAGAAGCGCCAAAACUUAUAACCGAACUGCCGGAUAUAGUCGGCGCAGAGUAUUUGCAGCUCGACAACGUAAUAUGUGUGGCCACGGGCGCUGGCGAGGUGCUAAUCCUCAAACCCGACACACUGGCACAGAGCGAGGGCACCUACUGCGACGUGGGUAUUGAGUGCAUGGCCUGGUCACCCAACCAGGAGGUGGUUGCCUUUAUAACCAAAACAAAGAAUGUGGUCGUCAUGACCUGCACAUAUGAUGUACUGGGCGAGCAGCCGCUAGAUGCGGCACUCGCGGACGAUCAGCAGUUCGUGAACGUGGGCUGGGGCAAAAAGGAGACACAGUUCCAUGGCACGGCCGGUAAACAGGCGGCCAAACAGUCCGCAGAGUUCCAACCACCUGAAGAUGUGCAGCAGUUACCACAGGAUGUGCAGAUUGCCUGGCGCGGUGAUGGCGCCUAUUUCGCCGUCUCCUAUGUGGCCGCCCAGGUGGGUCGCACCUUCAGCGUCUACGACUGCGAGGGCAAGCUGCAAUAUACGGCGGAAAAGUGGAAUGGAUUGCAGACACCAAUCGCCUGGCGUCCCAGCGGCAAUUGGAUUGCCCAACCGCAAAUUCUGCCCAGCAAAUCAAUUGUGGCGCUGUUCGAAAAGAACGGUUUGCGUCAUCGCGAAUUUGUGUUGCCCUUCGAUUUGCACGAGGAGGCAAUUGUGCGGCUACGCUGGAGCAACGAUUCAGAUAUCCUAGCGCUGCAUACGGUUACAGAGGAGGCGCAAACAAUUUAUCUCUAUACGAUUGGCAAUUAUCAUUGGUAUCUGAAGCAGGUGCUGGUCUAUAAAGAGCAACUGGAUCCGCUUGCCUUCUUCCACUGGGACAAUCGUCUGGGUAAUGAGCACAUGCUGCACGUUCUCCUCGAGAGUGGCAAACGGUAUACGCAUCGCUUUCAUUAUGCCAUCGAUUGCCAGCCGGGCACAGCCAUUGUCUGUGUUAUCGAUGGCAAGCGACUACUAUUGACCAAUUUCUCGGCGGCUGUCGUGCCGCCGCCCAUGUGCUGGCGCGUCGUCGAAAUGAGUAGCUAUAUAAAUGCCGUUUGCUCCUGCGAUUCCCACAUAUGUAUUUACACCAGCGAUCGUGUGCUGCACUUUUAUGUGCCGGAAAUGAAUCAGUUCUUAUGCCACGAUCAGCUCCAACCUGAGUUCGCGCAAAUCCAAUUGGCCAACUUGAGCUGCUUUUUCGAUUCCUAUUUGCUGGCCACACACAGCGUGGGCAGCCAGACGCGCAUCCUAUUGCUGAAUAAUGGCAAAACGACAAGCUCGCAGCGCAUCGCUGGCACCAUAAAUGCCCUGGCCGUGAGCAAUGGCAAUUUCUACAUCCAAACCCUCAACAAUGGCGACAUCUACGAGUUUGCCCUGACAGCCGACAAGCAGACAAAGCUAACGCGCAGCUAUUUGCAUCUUGGACAGGCCGUGGAUCAAAUGAUAUUUCACAGCAGCCCUUUCGCACCAGCAGGCAAACUCAUUACGCUGCGCUCGCAGCAGCUGCUACAUAUAGAUGGGCAGCGGAUUGACGAGGAUGUGACCUCAAUCUGUGUGGUCGACGAUUAUUUGGUCUAUACACAGCUGAAUUCGCUGCACUUCGUGCGGCUGUUGGAUAAAAGCGCUGUGUCCACGCGCAGCAUUGAGCGUGGCGCCAAGCUGGUGACAUCAGCAAGCGAUGCCCGGCUGGUGUUGCAGCUGCCACGCGGUAAUCUGGAGGUGAUCUGUCCCCGUGUCCUGGCACUGGGCCUAAUUGGCAGGCAACUCGAGCGUUAUCAAUACGACGAGGCAAUGCGAAUAGUGCGAAAACAGCGCAUCAAUCUGAACAUCAUCUGUGACCACAAUGUCGAGCAAUUUCGUGCCAAUGUGGAUAAGUUUCUGCGCCAGAUUAUGGACGCCCAAUGGAUAUGCCUGUUCCUUAGCGAGCUGCAGAACGAGGACUAUGCGCUGGGCAUGUACGCCGGCAACUAUGUCGCAACGCAGCAACACUAUCCGCCCGACUACAAUGUCAAGCAGAAGGUGCAAAAGAUAUGCGCCCUGUUGAUCGCCCACAUGACCCAGGCGACAGAUCCCGCGCUAAUGGCACGCUAUCGACUGCCCAUUAUAACCGCCUACGUGAAGGCCGGCAGCCUGCCGCAUGCAUUGCAAUACAUUUGGCGGCACAAGCAGACGGAUGCCCAGCUGGGGGAGCAGCUGCUCAAGUAUCUGCUCUAUUUGGUCGAUGUGAAUGAACUGUAUAAUGCCGCUCUGGGCACCUAUCAUUUUGGCCUGGUCCUGUUCGUUGCCGAGCAAUCGCAAAAGGAUCCCAAAGAGUUUUUGCCCUAUCUCAACGAGCUGAAGGCCUUGCCGCUGAACUAUCGCAAAUUCAAGAUCGAUGAGCAUCUGAAGCGCUUUGAACGUGCUCUCAAUCAUUUGGCUGAAUGUGGCGAGGAGCAUUAUGAUCUGGCGCUCGAUUUCAUACAAAAGCAUAAUCUUUAUAGCCAGGCUCUGGUCGCCUAUCAGGCUCAGGAGGAUUUCCAUCGGCGCAUUUGUAUCGCCUAUGCGGAUCAUUUGCGCGCCAAUGCCCAACUGGAGGCCGCCAGUCUUAUGUACGAGCGGGGCGGACAGCUGCAGCAGGCGCUGCUUAGCGCCCGCCACACACUCGACUGGCAACGUGUCCUGAGGCUGGCACAGCGUGCCGCUGAGCCACUGGCCCAGGUGGCCAAUUCACUGGUGGCGCCGCUCCAGCAACACGAUCGUCAUUUGGAAGCCUACGAGCUGCUCAAACGGUUUGAAGAGCCGACCAGUGAGGCGCCGCUGGACGUCCUGCUGCACGGCCAUCUCUACGGGCGUGCCAUCUACGAGGCGGGCCUGCUGGACGUAGACGGCACAGCCGAUCUGUUGGAUAAACGCGUCAAGCCCGCGCUCAUUGCAUAUGUCGCACAAUUGGAGGCUUCACUGCGUGCAGAUCGCGACCUUUUCGUGGAGUACAAACAGCGUCUGCUGGACAUACGCAAGCGCCAGGCGACGGCAGCGGAUGCCGGCGAGGAGCACGAGUUGGAUAUUGAUGAGGUCGAUCUGUUGUCGGAGACGAGCAGCAUCAGCUCGUCGCGGCACAGCGGCAGCUCGCGGGGCACCGGAAAAACAUUUCGCUCCAGCAAAAAUCGACGCAAACACGAACGCAAACUGCUCAGCCUGAAGCCGGGCAACCCCUUCGAAGAUAUCGCGCUCAUCGAUGCGCUGCACAACCAAGUCACGAAGCUUGGCCAGCAGCAGCAGCAGCAGCUUGUGCGUGACACAUGCAAAGCGCUCCUCCAGCUGCACACCGAGGAUCUCCAGGCGGCGGCGCUACAGCGCCAAUACGAUGGCAUUCUGACGGAGCUGCUCGCAUCGCUGGACGAGAUCUGGUUGCCGGAGCUAAUGGGCGGCACCACACAGCAUCUGACCGGACCCAAUGUCGACUAUCUGGCCCUGCAAAAGGAACAGCGUUACGCUCUAAUAUCUCCCCUGAAGCGAUUCAAGCCGCAAUUGAUCAUUAUCGAUUGGAAGCAUGGCAUAUUGCAUUAGUUCUUAUCAUAAUUGUGGUCAUAUUAUGGAUAGGUUAAAUGGAUUUACACUUUUCGUGCAAAUUGUUUUUGGGCUAAACAAAAUCAAAAAAAUAGUUUAUAUAUCGAAUCGCCGUCUCUAAUUGACUUUCACUAUAUU